UAUGAAGUCAAAUGGCUUUUUUGUUUCUCGAUUAAAACAACCAAAUAUUGCUCCAACACUUCCAGUACUCUCUCCACAUUCACCAUUGAAUGCUAACUUAUAUCUUAAUAGCCAGCAUACCCAACUUUCCGGUCGAUAUUUAAAUAACAAAGUGUCCCAACAAAUCGAUACUGAUAGUAUAAAAAGAGUGGCAUCUAACAGAUCUCUGAAGGACAGUCAAAACGUCUUAUCCAUUUCAUCAUCUAUAAUAUGCAACUGUGAGAAGGCCCAUAAGCCGAAUGGGUCAGACUCGGAAACAAACGAGGAAAUCAAAAUCAAAUUGAUUACAGAAACUGGUAACAAGCUAGCCACAAUAAGUAAAAUCAAAGACCCGAAACUAUCUAUAACAACGGAGAAGAAUGCAUUAGAUAAUUCAAACAAGGGGUGCUUGCAAUUAAAAACUGCGAUUGGAAAGGAUAAAAGAGCCCUGUCUCCGAGACUGACAUUGCAUAAGAGUGGCUUUCAACAGGCCAUCAUAAUAUCAGACGAAAGUGAAGUUACCAAAUCACCGCGACAAGAUUCCCAAAAAGCGAGACAGCUUUCCAGUAAUUCAGACAAUCAAUUUUAUCGACAGCUAACUCAUAAAAUUAGCAAAUCCGAGCAAACUUCCCCCAACAAUGUGGAGAUAGAUAAAGCUAACUUUCUUUAUGAUACCAACAACAGGAGUACGGGCUGUUUAGUGUAUCCCUCGGAUCCGUGGAUUAAGAAUUCGCACAUUAAGAAUAGCUUGUCACCGAAAGCGGAAAAGUAUUUAAAUAUGCAUCACAAUCACGAUCCGUGGGUCAAGCGACAAACGGAUGUCACUGUUGAAGUUUCCCGGCUUCCCAAGAAAAAUAUCUAUCGUGAAAAAUCCCUUUCUUCCAUAAACAAUAAACUAAUUUCGACAAGAACUGAGAAAUCAAAGUGGGCUAAACCGCAAUUAAAGCAUUCAAAAACUGAGAUGGACGAUGAUCAAGUAUUCUUAAAUGAGCCAGGUCUACUUUUUGCUCCAUUUUCUCCACAAUAUCGUAAUACAUCGCAUAAGAUCUGGUCGCUCGAUCAACCUUCAAACGAUCUAAAAGGAAAUAUUCAAAGCAAGUCCGCUAGUUUUUUACCGGAUAAAGUAAAGGAGAUUUCCAGUCCAUUGCCGAACCAUGUUAGAAAAUCUGUAUAUCAAAACAAUAGUAACUUGCUUUGUCCAAACGAUCAAGCAAGAUCUUUGCUUCAAGUAGAAAAAUUGCAUUCUAGACAUAGCUCUCUAUCGAUUCCCACUCAAUCGAGAGAGGAACUGCCUCUGAAUAUACGACGCCUGUCUGAGCAGAUCCGUGAACCGCCUUUGGAGAAAAACAUCUCUUUGUCUCUCAGCGAUCGUAACGUUAGUAAAAUUCCAUCAACCGAUGGCAUGGUUGAGACUCAUUUGGUUGGCCCUCACAAAGCACAAGAGAAACUUCAUGUGAGUCGAGAUGCCGCAGUGCAGAGUACCAGUCACCUGGAAGACUUCAUCUCCCUAAAACGAGUCCCCAAAGAUUCCACCACAACUGUUAAUAAUGUAAACCCCUUUACGAGUACUUAUAAGCCUGAUCCACUUUUAGAAACCACCUGUUAAAAACCAUUCGCUAGGAAGCCGAAAGCCGAUAUUAAAGUGUCUCUGCAUAGCUCAUUCAUAGGUCAUGAAAAUAUACAACAAAAAAAAAGAGAAAAAAAACAUAAUAUAAAACCACAAAAAACAUAUAUGUCUUAUAUAUCAAUCGAAUCUAAAUAUGAAUAAUAAUAAUACAUAAAAAAAAACAAGUAAUAAAACUAUUUUUAGUAGUACUUUAAGUUUGAAAUUUUUACAGUGAUUUUGCAUUUAUAUUAAGUAACACGAUAAUGCCCGGCCAACAUUGGGGCUGAGUUCUAGGCUUAACUACAUUCGCAAGCAUAUAUAUGUGUGUAAUAGUGUAUUUUUUCCUCAUUUUAUUGUCAUUUUACAUAUUUGUUGUAAUACAUUUUAUAGUAAUAAAAUCUUUAUAAAGAGCUAAAUGAAAAUAA